GGCUCUCCCGAGCGCUGCCCGGCGAGGCGCAGCCGCCGCGGGCCGUGCGAGGGCAGAGCUCUGGAGCCGCGCAGGCCGGCCGGAGCUCGCCAUGAAGCAGGCGCUGGUGGACGACACCGAGGAUGUGUCCCUGGAUUUCGGGAGCGAGGAGGAGCUGGCGCUGCGGAAAGCGCGGAUCAGGCACCCACUGGCCACUUUUUUCCACCUGUUUUUCCGAGUGAGUGCUAUUGUUACCUACUUGUUCUGUGACUGGUUCAGCAACAGCUUUGUUGCCUGUUUUGUCACUAUUCUCCUCCUUCUAUCCUUUGACUUUUGGUCUGUCAAGAAUGUGACAGGAAGACUCUUGGUUGGUUUGCGUUGGUGGAACCAGAUUGAUGAAGAUGGAAAAAGUCACUGGGUGUUUGAAGCAAAAAGGGUGCCUGCAGUAGCUGCCUCAACUGAAGCUGAAGCCCGAAUCUUUUGGCUUGGUCUCAUCAUCUGCCCAGUGAUUUGGACAACAUUUUUCUUUAGCACCUUGUUCUCCUUGAAGCUGAAAUGGUUGGCUCUCGUGAUUGCUGGGAUCUCCCUUCAGACUGCUAAUUUAUAUGGCUACAUCCACUGCAAGUUAGGGGGACAAAAAACCAUCAGCAGAGUAACCUCAAGGUUGUUUGGCACAGCAGAUGUUCCCAAGAGACAGAGCAGGAGAAUUUCAGAAGGUGGCACUGAAGAACAUGGGAAGACAGGCACAAGGAAGAGUUAAAGGAUGGGCAGUAAAAAAAGUAAUUCAUUAAAGCUGUUCUUCAUGGGAAGGUAUUUAUAUAAAGCUCUUCCAGAAUUAUCCCUGCAUGAAAUAAAGUAAUUUGUGUUUGAGUCUUUAGAUCCUGGAAGUUUUAAUGUAUUUGUUACUUAAAAGCUUCACCAAAAAGUUGUUUGUGUGAGCACAGACAGUGCUCAUGGUUUACAAGGAGCACACUGCUUUCAGAAAAGUUGUCAACUAACUUCAAACUGUUGGAUUAUCUUAACUGGGAAUUACAUGUAAUGAAAAGACAAUGCUAAUUUGUUUAACUUUGGAACUACAAUAAACAAAAAUCAAACUGCC